UUUUGCUCCGCAGAAGCUGUCCAUCUCAGGUAAUAUUUUGGUGCAGGACGGGUAGUCUGUCACAAUGGGGUUUUUAAUCUCAUUGUAUGCGAGUGUUCUGUUGCUGAUUAACGGAUCAUGUGCUCACCCCACAGCUCUCUGCUGUCCUGGACUGAACAGCACCUGUAAUCGUGGAUGUUUUUGUGAUGAGAAAUGCAUCGUGUUUAGUGACUGUUGUAAUGACUACAUCCCGUCAUGCGGUCGAAACUCAACAAAUUCAUCAUACUCAUCACCACCAGUAUCAGGCCCAUUUUAUCCGUUUGGAACUGGAGACACAGUGAAUGGACGCGUUGAUGAUGGAAGUUCUCAACUGAUCCAUCUCCUGCAAUCUUUUAUAUUUUUCGGACACAAAUACAGCCAAAUUUAUGUGAACAACAAUGGACACCUGACGUUUGAUGGGGCGUGGUCCAGCUACUCUCCAUACGCAUUCCCAGCUUAUGGUGGUAAAGACAUCAUCGCUCCGUUCUGGACUGAUAUUGAUAACCGCAGAAAUGGUGUUAUCUCAUAUCAGCAGUACACCUCUGGAGAUGUCCUGACACAGGCUACACAAGACAUCCACAAGUACUUCCCUGACCUGAGCUUUUCUGCUUCAUGGGUCUUUGUUGCAACAUGGGACAGAGUGGCAUAUUAUCCACAGUCACGAACAGAAACAUCUUUCCAAUUGGUUUUGAUUUCAAAUGGCCAUCUCUCAUUUGUUUUAAUGAACUAUGGGACAAUCGCUCCAUCACAGCGAUACAUACAGGCUGGCUAUGACACCAUUGACUCAAGCUACCAUUUCUCAAUCACUGGAUCUCUUCAAAACGACUCUACAAGUUUAACGUACAGCAGUAAUGUCAAUGUAACAGGCAGAUGGGCCUUCAGAACAGAUCAUGGAUCACUGGGUUGUCAAUUCAAUGGUGUAGCAGUGCAGCUGGGAGAUUCUUUCUGGACUAAUUCUACCUGUCAGGAGAGAUGCACUUGUACCAGAAGGGGUCUCCGGUGCAGCCUGAACCCAUGCACUUAUUCCCAGGCAUGCCGUAGAGAUGCUUUCCAAUACUCUUGUCAGAACAUUUUAAGAAAAACCUGCACGGUCUCCGGAGAUCCUCACUACUACACUUUCGACAACCAGAUUUUACACUUUCAAGGAAUUUGCACUUAUGUACUGUCUAAGGCUUGUGGAAAUGAUUUGCCGUACUAUCGCAUUGAGGGCAAGAAUGAGCAUCGUGGUAGCACACAUGUGUCAUGGACUCGAAUGGUCAGAGUAUUUGUGUAUGAUGAGGAAAUUGAAGCAACACCUUUCAGUCUGCGCAAUGGCUCCAUCCAGGUCUAUCAGUCAGGUUUCACCUUGGCCGUCAGCACAGACUUUGGACUCAUUGUUACAUAUAAUCAAUACAGCUGGGUCUCCAUCUCUGUACCGUAUGAAUACCAGAAUUCCACAUGUGGUCUGUGUGGGAAUUUUAACCUGCAUCCUGAAGAUGAUUUCCGUUCCCCUUCUGGGGAGAUACUGAGCUCAGAUGUGGACUUUGCCAACUCUUGGAAGGCAGAGGGGGACACAGACCCGGGAUGUCAUGAUGUCGGGUGUACAGGUCUGGCUUGUGCCAAUUGCAGCCAUGAUGCAAUGAGUGUGUACAAUGAUACAAACCACUGUGGGAUCCUAGGAGCUGUGUUUGGCCCCUUUGCUGCCUGCCAAUCUGUGCUUUCACCGCAGAUAUACAUAGAAAACUGUGUCUAUGAUGUUUGUUUAGGAGGUGGGUACCAACCCAUUCUGUGCCAAGCUCUCAGUGUGUAUGCUGUUCAAUGCCAACAGCUAGAGGUACAACUAGGCCAGUGGAGACAGCAGGGAUUCUGUGAGAUCAUAUGUAAUGACGACCACAGCCAUUAUGAGCCUCAAGGAACAAGCUGCCCUGCAACCUGCACUGAUCCCUCUGCCCCGAUGAACUGUCCCUUGCCCAAUCAAGAGAGCUGUAUCUGUGAUGCUGGGUACAUUCUCAGUGCUGGGACAUGUGUUCCUGAAGCAGAUUGUGGCUGCACCUUUGAGGGAUUCUAUUAUGCUAAGGGACAAUCAGUAGUGUUGGAUGAGGACUGUGGGAGACAGUGUGUUUGCAGCAACAGGACAAUGAUCUGCCAUCAGCAACAGUGUAGUCCAGCUGAGGUGUGUGAAGUUCAUCACGGUGUGAGGGGCUGCAGACCCACCAGCUAUGCUUCCUGUUCAGUUGAAGGCCUCGGAUUCUAUCACACCUUUGAUGGACAAGCUUUCAGAUAUCCAGGAGCUUGUGGACUGACCCUUUCACGGGUCAUUGGACAAUCCCAAUUGCCAUCCUUCCUUUUGACAGUGGAGAAAGUACCACGAGGCCUUCAAGGUUUUGCUAGGUUCCUGAAGUUCGAGGCAGAAGGGACUCAUGUCUCCAUAGAAAUGGGGGAAGGUAGUAAUGUAGAGGUAAAUGGACAGGUGGUUGGUUUGCCCAUCAGUGUUGGGUCCAGUCAGAUCCGCAUCUAUCACAGCGGUGUCAUGGGUUUUGUUCUAGAAACAAACUUCGGGGUGACCAUUAGAGCUGACUGGCCACACAUUGUCAGGAUCACAGUGCCGAGCACAUACAAUGGUACACUUGGAGGUCUAUGUGGGAAUUUGAACGGAAAUAUUACAGAUGAGUUUGUUAGCCCAGAUGGUGUCCUGCUGGAUGGUCCCCAGGCAUUUGCAGACAGUUGGCGUGAUGGGUCCCUAUCAGCACACUGUGAGGAGCCAAUUGACCUCUGGGAAUCAGGACAUUAUCAGAACAGCCAGUUCAGUGAGCAAUGCAGAAUCAUGACCUUGACCUUCGGACCAUUUGCUGAGUGCAGAAGAACACUAGACCCUACACAACGAAUCCAAGAUUGUAUUCAGAUUCUGGAAAACACCAGCAGGGCCAGGGAAGCUCUUUGUGAGGCCCUGCGGGGAUACACGCUGCUCUGCCAACAGAAUGGCAUUGUAGUUGGAGAGUGGAGGGAAUUUGCCUACUGUGAACCCACCUGCCCACCAAAUGCCCAUUACGAAUUGUGUCACACAUCCUGUCCUGCAUCCUGCCCUAGUCUCUCAUUUCCCUUUCAGUGCACCCUGCAGUGCCAGGAGGGAUGCCAGUGUAAUGAUGGGCUUGUUUUGAAUGGAGAUCAAUGUGUGCCGCCCAUGGGCUGUGGUUGUCGCUAUGCUGGACGUUAUCGUCAGCCUGGAGAGCAGUUCUGGCAUGAUGAGGAGUGCCAGUCUCUGUGUGUUUGUGAUGGGAUUACUGGAAAUGUCCAUUGCACACCAUCAUCUUGCAGUGAACAGGAACUCUGCAGUGUGGUGGAGGGAGAGUAUGGCUGCCAUCCCAGUCCACAUGCUAGUUGUUCUGCUUCAGGAGACCCCCAUUAUAUCUCUUUUGAUGGGAAAUACUUUGAUUUUCAGGGCACAUGUAGAUAUGUGCUGGCCACAGUAUGUAAUGACAGUCGUGGUCUACCACACUUCCAGGUGGAUGCAAGAAAUGAGGCUUGGCAUGGACUCCAAGUGUCCAUUACCGUUGAGGUUUUUGUCAAUGUCUCUGGACAUCUCGUCCACAUGUCGCAGGACCUAAAUGGUUAUUCUUCUGUCCAGGUUGAUGGAGAGAUCAGAAACCUUCCCAUCCUACUUGAUUCUGGCCGAGUAUCUGUCUACUCCACUGGAUCGAACACUCUUGUUUCAACUAACUUCGGUUUAAGUGUGACUUAUGGCUUCUGGGCGGUAAACAUCAAUGUACCAGCAAACUACCGAGGAAUUACGUGUGGACUUUGUGGCAACUUUAACGGUCAUAGAGAAGACGACUUCAUGACUCCUUCAGGUUCUUUGGCUGCUUCAACAACACAGUUUGGGGCAGAAUGGAAGGUUGAGGACGAGAUGCCAUGCAAUGAUGGGUGUGGAGACAACUGUCCUCUGUGCCAAGAUCAGAGCACUGCUCGUGCUAUGUGUGAGAUCAUCACAGACAACCAGGGCCCCUUUAGCUUCUGUCACCCUUCUGUAGAUCCACAAGCAUACUUUAAUGACUGUUCAUUUGAUGUUUGCCUCUCUGGAAACCUUCAUGAUGUAUUGUGUCAUUCUAUCCAAUCCUAUGUGAGGGCCUGUCAAUCUGCCAAUGUUGUUGUCUUACCCUGGAGAGAAACUACAUCUUGUGCCAUGAUAUGUCCAGACUACAGUCACUAUGAGCUGUGUGGUACAGACUGUGGUCAUACAUGCGCCAGCAGCAUUGAUGCUAGUUGUGAACAUACAUGCUCUGAGGGAUGUUUCUGUAAUGAUGGAUUUGUGAGGAGUGGAGAAUACUGUUGGCCUGUGGAGCAAUGCGGAUGCUUGUAUGAUGGGUUCUACUAUUAUAUUGGUGAACAGAUCUGGAAUUCAGAAUGUUCCCAACGCUGUGAAUGUUUUGCCCCAAAUGAUCUGCGUUGUUCACCAUCCUCUUGCCCAACAGCUAUGGAAUGUACAGUCAGAAAUGGACGUCGUGACUGCUAUGACCCCUGCUCUAGGCUAAACUGUACUGAAGAUGAAUGGUGUGGAGAACAAAAUGGUGUUUACGGCUGUUUCUGCAAUGAGGACCAACACAGACCCGACUCUUUCGAUUUCUCUGAAACCUGUGAGAGCAGUUCAGGAUCUAUAUCUCUGUCUCGCUGUCAGCUGUUUGAAGCUGGUUUUUCAGCUCAUGUUCUUCAUCUCAAUGACCGCAGCUGUAGAGGAACCAUCCAGAACGGAAGAUUGCAGUUUCACUUUGAUUACAAUGAUCACAUCUGUGGCACCAGACUUGUGGCCAACGGCACUCAUAUCAUCUAUGAGAACUUUAUUUUGGGGACAUCAGAGUCAGCCACAGGUCUCAUCAGCAGAGGAAAAAUACUGAAGCUAAAUUUCAGCUGUAUUUACCCCCAAACACAAACACUUUCUAUGAUAGACAUCAACCCACUGGAGACCAUUUUACACAGGAAUCUUCCCGCUGGUGAAGGGAGGUAUCGGGUGAGAAUGGUUCCAUAUCAGGAUUCUGAGUUCUCUCAGCCCUUCACUGGUCGUGUGGAUGCAGAACUCAACCAGAAGAUGUUUGUUGAGGUUGGUGUUGACGGGGUUGACAGUCGUCAGUUUGUCACAGUGAUUGACACAUGUUGGGCUACACCUGUGAAUGAUCCAGAUUACAGUCUGCGCUGGGAUCUCAUCACUGGAGAGUGUCCAAAUCCACAAGACAAAACAGUGAAGCUUCUUCAGAAUGGCAACUCAACAACCAGCCGUUUCUCCUUCAGGAUGUUUAUCUUCAACGCAAACGCAACUAAAGUUUACCUGCACUGUUCUGUUCAUCUGUGUCUUCCAGCCAACAAUAACUGUUCAGCUGAUUGUCAUUCUGGACAUCACCAGAGGAGCCGCAGGUCUCUGGACUUUCAUCACAGUUCUUCUAUAUCCAUGGGUCCUCUAGUCUGGUCUGGUGGAACUUCAGAUACAUGGAGCCCAGAAAAACUGAUGACAUCUGGAGCUCCAGGUCUCUGUGGUUGCUUGAUCAUUCUGCUGGUUUCACUACUGAGUGUCUGCACCAUCUACUAGGAUAUUUACACAAAGUCGUUUUAAUGAUUUUUAAUGAAUUUUAAACUCAAUGAAAUAUCCUAAGAUUGAGCUUUUUCAUAUCUUAUAUGUUACUUUGUUUCUAAUGAACAUAAAGCAAUGAUCUUGUUUUGACCACUUGAUUAAUAUUUUCUAGAAUGAUAACAUAACAUACCCGAGGUAGUUCGGAUAAGCGGUAGAAAAUGGAAUGGAAUGGAUAACAUAACAUUUUUAAUUGACUGUUGAUUUCUAUUUUUAAAUGUCAAAUACAAGGUUUUACCUCUGUUUAAAUAUAAAUGCAUAUUGUCAAAAUAAACUUCACACAAAG